CUGCUGAGCUGUUACCCCUGUAGUUCACCUGUUUGACCCCAGGAUGCAGUCAGUGCCUGCUCCCACAGCACCCCUGGAUGCUGCAGGUCAGUUUACUAAAAGGAAGAGGACUUCUUUGUGGUUCACAAUUUCCCUCCUUCUAGUGUCUUUUUUAAUACUGACCAUAGGCUUGAUUGCAACUACAAGAACAGAAAAUAUAACAGUUGGAGGUUAUUACCCAGGCAUAAUUCUUGGUUUUGGAUCCUUUCUUGGCAUAAUAGGAAUUCAUCUGGUAGAGAACAGGAAGCAAAUGCUAGUAGCCUCCAUAGUGUUUAUCAGCUUUGGAGUGGUAGCAUCUUUCUGCUGUGCUAUAGUCGAUGGGGUGUUUGCUGCUCGUUAUAUUGAACCAAGACCUUUAUACUCUGGUAGAUGCCAGUUUUACUCAAGUGGAUCGGGACUUGCUUACGAUACUCACCAAACAGAGGUCACAUGCUAUAACCAGCACCUUGGAUGUCAGCUAAGGGUUAAAACGCACACAUGUUAUUGCUGUGACCUAUACAACUGUGAUAAUCCGGACCAGGUCAGCAGCUACUAUGAAUUUGUUGGUGUAACCAGCUGUCAGGACGUGGUGCAUUUAUUCCGGUUGCUGUGGUCCUCUACAGUGCUGAACAUAGUGGGACUGUUCCUUGGCAUUGUCACUGCUGCUGUUCUUGGAGCUUUUAAGGACAUGGUGCCCUUGCCUCAAGUCACCUUUAACUCACCACCACCACAAAUUCUGUACAACCCGGCCCAACAGAUUCUAACCUAUACCGGAUUCUGUUCUUCCGCAUCUGCCCUCCCAUCCUAUGCUUCUUACCCUCUACCCCUGCAGCCAUCAGGUUCCUAUCCAGCAACGUCUCCUGCGGAUAUUUCCUUAUCAGAUGAUACCCAGAAUCCAUCUCAGUCCAACCCCAUGGCUGGACUUACUUCUAACCCUUUGCCUCAGUUAGCAUCAACCAUUCUCUUACCAGGGGAAAAGCCUCCCCCAUACGCACCAUAGCAAAACUGCAUUAUAGGUUAAAGGAAACAUUGGAUUUUAAAGGGCUUUGUUAAAUUUGUGACAUUCCUAUUGAGAAAAUCUUGAAAAAACUAUUACAUUCACUAUCAUUGAUUGUGCAAUUUAAAGGAAAUGAUCACAUGUGAGAUAAAAUCAUAUUGGGUUGUUAUCUCAUAAAAUACCCUAUAACUGUAAUUACUAUUUUCAUUUAGUGUUUCGUUAUUCGGAUGUAUAUUUUCAACACCACAUCUUCCUCUACUAUUUCUUUUCUUUACCAUGAUCGCUCUUGGAAGGCAAAAUUGGAAUCUUACUGUCGGCUCACAAAGGAUUUUGUAUCACCCUUCCUGUGCUAUAAAUGACCCUCUAAAGCUAUUAUCAAAUAUUUUAGGCGGAGGAAGUCAUUUAAAACUUAUGAUGCCACAGCAAGAUAGCAGCCUUUAGACGUAGGCCAACUGUAAAAUAUUAAUUUCCAGAUUAAUGCCAAAGGAAAAAAAUAAAGAAAAAACAUGAUUAAUUCAUUGUAUACAGAUGUAAGUAUUAUUGUUGAGGAUUACCU